AUGAUUUCCGCGUUUCGCCGCCUACGCUGGUCGGUCUUCGAGGCCGUGUCAAAUGUUCAUGUUGUGGAAGAUCUAGACAGCCCGCAGCCGGAGCUGUUUCCCUUCCUUGAUCACCAAAUCGCAGGAGAACCAGCAACCAAGAUUCCGCCACGGGAAAUAGCAGAUGGCGGUGCAAUUACCAUAGGUGAUAUUCUUAAGCAGCUCUUGGGCUACAUCAUCGACAAUAAAGAUGAUAUCCUUGAAGCCACCGCGCCUUUCCUGAGCGUGUGGACGCAGAACGCAGGGGAUGGAACGAAUGUUACCAAUAUCCCAGCUCUCAGGCACUACGACAUCUCUGACAACACACGAGCUUUUUUCAACGGCUUUACCAGUGAAAUCACGGUUGACGACGCAGGUAUCAAUGUCGACCUCUAG